GCGGGGCAAAGGUCCCCGAGCAACACAAGUCUAAAAAGGAGAAGCAGUUAUUUACUGUGUCACUUGUGAGUAAGAGAAGGGACCAGAGGUUACAAAAGGAGGACCUGGUUAGGAAUUAAAAGUCAACACUGGAUUUAUUACGGCACUGAAUCAGCAGCAAGCAGGGGGAAAUUUGCUGUUUCAGUCAACACAUGAGGUGGCCACACUGGAAGAGCUGAGGUUUAUCUGACAGCGGAGAAGAGCCUCUGCAUCUUCAUGACUUUAGGUGAAUAAUCAAUGACAAAGAUGGAGCUUUUAUCAGUCAAAUCCACAUCAGACCUCCUGUUACUCUACGGCUUCUUCAGUCUGCUUUUGACUGUAACAGUGAACUCCACUACAUUAGAAAAAAUGAGAACAUCUGAACUUACAACAGCAGGAAAAUCCACAGAACCUGCUCCUGAAAAUGUAAUAAAUGUAUCAGUGGUGACCCAGAACACCAGCAGUUUAACUCUGCAGUGGGACAAAGUUAACAACAUCUCAACAUAUAAACUGCAAUAUGAUUCUGACACAAAGAACAUCAAUGAUGCUGCUGGAGAAACAUUUGUACAAUAUGUGGUCUCUGAUCUGACUGCUGGGAGAAAAUAUAGUUUCACUCUUUUCACUGAGGCCAAUGGAGUCAAGAGCUCUGGAUUCUCAUUCGCUGCUGCUACAGUUCCUGAAAAUGUAGAAAGUGUGUCAGUGGUGACCCAGAGUGUAAACAGUAUAACUCUGAAGUGGAACAAAGUUAUCGGCAUCUCAACAUAUAAACUGCAAUAUGAAAAAAAUGGUACUACUGUCACUAAUAACAUCAAUAAUGCUGCUGCAGUUGUACAACAUGUGGUCUCUGAUCUGACUGCUGGGACAGAAUAUAAUUUCACUCUUUUCACUGAGGCCAAUGGAGUCAGCAGCUCUGGAUUCUCAUUCUCUGCUGCUACAGUUCCUGAAAAUGUAGAAAGUGUGUCAGUCAUAACUCAGAACACCAGCAGUAUAACUCUGCAGUGGGACAAAUUUAACGGCAUCUCAACAUAUAAACUGGAAUAUGAUUCUGUCAUUAAUAACAUCAAUGAUGCUUCUGAAGAAACAUUUGUACAACAUGUGGUCUCUGAUCUGACUGCUGGGACAGAAUAUAGUUUCACUCUUUUCACUGUGUUGAAUGAUCUCAGCAGCUCUGGAUUAUUAUUCUCUGCUGCUACAGCUCCUGAAAAUGUAGAUAGUGUGUCAGUCAUAACUCAGAACACCAGCAGUAUAACAAUAAAGUGGAAUAAAGUUAACAGCAUCUCAACAUAUAAACUGCAAUAUGAUUCUGACCCAAAGAACAUCAAUGAUGCUUCUGGACAAACAUUUGUACAACAUGUGGUCUCUGAUCUGACUGCUGGGACAGAAUAUAGUUUCACUCUUUUCACUGAGGCCAAUGGAGUCAGCAGCUCUGGAUUAUUAUUCUCUGCUGCUACAGUUCCUGAAAAUGUAGUAAAAGUAGAAGUGGAGGCAAGAAACACCAGCAGUUUAACUCUGCAGUGGAACAAAGCUAACAACAUCUCAUCAUAUAAACUGGAAUAUGAUUCUGUCAUGAUGAACAUCAGUGAUACUGUUGGAGAAACAUUUGUACAACAUGUGGUUCCUGAUCUGACUGCUGGGACAGAAUAUAAUUUUUCUCUCUUCACUGUGUUGAAUGAAGUCAGCAGCUCUGGAUUCAUAUUUACUGAAGCUACAGCUCCUGAAAAUGUAGAAAAUGUAUCAGUGGAAACUCAGAACACCAGCAGUAUAACAAUAAAGUGGGACAAAGUUAACAAUAUCUCAACAUACAAACUGGAAUAUGAAGAAAAUGGUCAUACUGUCAUUAAUAACAUCAAUAAUGCUGAUGCAGUUGUACAACAUGUGGUCUCUGAUCUGACUGCUGGGACAGAAUAUAAUUUCAUUCUUUUCACUGAGGCCAAUGGAGUCAACAGCUCUGGAUUAUUAUUCUCUGCUGCUACAGCUCCUGAAAAUGUAGAAAGUGUGUCAGUCAUAACUCAGAACACCAGCAGUAUAACUCUGCAGUGGGACAAAGUUAAAGACACCUCAACAUAUAAACUGCAAUAUGAUUCUGUCCCAAAGAACAUCAGUGAUACAUCUGGACAAACAUUUGUACAAUAUGUGGUCUCUAAUCUGACUGCUGGGACAGAAUAUAAUUUCACUCUUUUCACUGAGACCAAUGGAGUCAGCAGCUCUGGAUUAUUAUUCUCUGCUGCUACAGCUCCUGAAAAUGUAGCAAAAGUAGACGUGGUGGCAAGAAACACCAGCAGUUUAACUCUGCAGUGGGACAAAGUUAACGGCAUCUCAACAUACAAACUGCAAUAUGAUUCUGUCACAAAGAACAUCAGUGAUGCUGCUGGAGCAACAUUUGUACAACAUGUGGUUCCUGAUCUGACUGCUGGGACAGAAUAUAAUUUCACUCUCUUCACUGAGGCCAAUGAUCUCAGCAGCUCUGGAUUCUCAUUCUCUGCUGCUACAGCUCCUGAAAAUGUAGCAAAAGUAGACGUGGUGGCAAGAAACACCAGCAGUUUAACUCUGAAGUGGGACAAAGUUAACGGCAUCUCAAUAUACAAACUGGAAUAUAAAGAAAAUGGUGAUACUGUCAUUAAUAACACCAGUAAUGCUCAUGCAGUUGUACAACAUGUGGUCUCUGAUCUGACUGCUGGGACAGAAUAUAAUUUCACUCUUUUCACUGAGGCCAAUGGAGUCAGCAGCUCUGGAUUAUUAUUCUCUGCUGCUACAGCCAGUAUGUCAGUCGUGACCCAGAGUGUUAACAGUAUAACAAUAAAGUGGGACAAAGUUAACAGCAUCUCAACAUACAAACUGGAAUAUGGAGAAAAUGGUGAUCCUGUCACUAAUAACAUCAGUGAUACUUCUGGAGAAACAUUUAUACAACAUGUGGUCUCUGGUCUGACUGCUGGGACAGAAUAUAAUUUCACUCUCUUCACUGAGGCCAAUGGAGUCAUGGCAGUCAUUGUAUUCUCAUUAACUGCUGCUACAGUUCCUCUGAGUGUGACGUCGGUUCGUGUUUCGGAGCGUUUAGUGGACAGAGUAACUUUACAGUGGGAGAAUCCAAAUAAAGCCUGGAAACACAACCUGAGUAUCAACGACACAAACGCAUCAAUAACCCAGGAGGAGACGACAAAUGUGUCAUAUUUCAUCUCCAACCUGAAGCCUGGGACGAUGUAUGAGUUCAGUGUGAUCACAGUGUUCUCUGGACUGAACAGUUCUGCUUACGUCGAUCACACAGUAACACAGAUCGACUGCAGUGCCGUAUCCUGGAGCGUCACCAACUCAUCGAUCCAGGGAACAGUUGAAGGCUUGUUCUCCAAAGCUACGGCCUCUAAUGGAUCAGAACCUCUGAUCAGUCCUGAAGGGAAAAACGUGACAUUUUCUGACCUCCUUCCUGGAGCAACCUAUAAUAUUUCUCUACUGUAUGAAACAUCGUCUGCACCUUAUCCACAGUGUAGCAUCGAAAUACCCAUCAUUCCUCCUUCUUUAGCUCCUCUCUGCAGCUACUGGGGUUCUGGCUACAGCGCUCAGAUUAAAUGGGUCGAACCGGAUGGUGUGUGGACGACAGCUGAACUCAGCAUAAGUGGGAAAACUUUCACUCUAAAUCCAAAUGAGAAUCGUCUCAUUGUGGACGGACUUCAACCGGCCAAAAAGUAUAAAGUCUCUGUGAUUUCAAGGCUGGAAACAAAAGCUGAUCCCUUAAUAUCUGAACCAUCAAUUAUUUUCUGUUUGACUGAUAACAGAGGAGUCAUUGGAGGAUCUCUGGUCGGUGUUCUGCUUUUUGCUGUUCUCAUCUGUGUCGUUGUGUUUCUUCUCCGUAAAAAGCCAGAUAUUAUCCGAAAAAUACCUUUCAUCCAUGAAUCCAAAACAACAGAAAGAAAUGAGAGAACUGUUUCUGCAGCCAAAUUUCCAGACCACUUCCAGCAGCUGAGUUUGGAUGAAAACAGAGGAUUCAGUCAGGAAUACGAGGCUCUCGUUCCUGUUGGCACAGACCAGACAUGUAAGGCAGCGAUUCUGCCAGAAAACAGAGAGAAGAACCGUUUCAACAUCCUGCCUUAUGACUGGUGUCGGGUCAAGCUUAAUACAUCAGCCCCCAAAGAGACGGGCUAUAUAAAUGCCAGUUACAUACCAGGCUACAGCAGCAGCAGAGAGUACAUCGCCACGCAGGAUCCUCUGCCCAACACCGUUGUUGAUUUCUGGCGGAUGAUUUGGGAACAAAAAGUGAAGAGAGUUGUCAUGGUUACCAACCACAUCGAAGCAGGACUGACCAAAUGUGCACAGUACUGGCCUGAAGGCAUGAAGCAGAGACAGUAUGGAGACGUGUUGGUCUCUGUAACAUCUGAACUGAAGGAGCAAAACUGGACGCUGAGGCAGUUUACCGUCAAACAGAAAAGAAGCUCAGAGGAACGAUCAGUCAAACAUUUCCACUUCACUGUCUGGCCUGAUCGCGGCGUCCCUCAGGGCACAGAGGUCCUGAUCCAGUUCAGAAGGAUUGUGAGGCAGGACAUGGAAAGUGACGGAUCAGAGUCACCAACCGUGGUUCACUGCAGUGAUGGAGUGGGAAGAACGGGAACUUUCAUCGCUCUGGACUUCCUGCUGCAGCAGCUGGAGAAACAACAAGCUGUCGGCAUCAAGGACUUUUUACACAGGAUGAGGCGACAUCGGUCACACAUGGUGCAGACGGAGUCGCAGUACAUUUUCCUGCACCAGUGCAUCAUGGACAGGCUGCAGCGAUGCGCGACCCAGGAUGAACACGUUUAUGAGAACGACGACACGUUGUACGCAAACACCAUCUAUCUUAAAGAAAUUAUUUAACACAAAACUAGUUUCAUUCCUGGAAUAACUGUAGAUAAUGGCAAACCAACUCUGUGGAUAGUUUAAAGGUGGACGGAUUGAUAAAAAUAUUGAUAAUAUCAAUACCAAGUCGGUAUUGGUAUUGGAUAGAUAUUAAAAUUGACACUUUGGUUUCACAUUUUCUGUUGAGAUUUAUUUUAUUUUUGUAUUUUUGAUCUCUACCUUAAAAGAAGAUGUUGUGAGAUUUUCUCUGAAAUGUUUUUGCACUUUAUUUAGGAAAAAACAUACUCAAUUUUUAUUUUUUUUUUCAGUUUAUUGUGUUGAUGUUAAAGUAUUUUGUAGAUGCCUAUCAAUUUUUUCCAAAUUCUGUCUUAGCUUUUAACAAAAUAAAAAAGAAGAAAAACUACAAAACAGUUUUGUUUUGUGACUUCUGAUUGGUCAGAAGUUUAUUAUAACAAACUUAAAUAGUAAAACGUAUCGGUAUUGGUAUCGGUAUUGGCGAUACUGGUUGUGCUAUCAAAUCGAUACCAAAAUAUCUAGCAUUGCACACCUCUAGAUGUGACUGUUUUAUACUGAAUGUUUAAUAAAUGCUGUACU